AUGACAAACCACGCAGAUGCCCCCUGCAAUCAGCAGCUGAAUUCUGCCGUCAUAUCAGAUACAUGGCUACACUGGAAAGACUUCUCCCUGACUCUUCAUGGCCCCACCUCUCAGAUGUCAAUUCUGAUGGAAAAUUACACCUAUGAAUUCUUUAUUUUAACUUUUCCUACACAAACAAAGAACAAGUCCUAUUUAUCUCUUAUCUUUGUCCUGAUAUACCUGACCGGAGUGAUCGCUAAUUCAUUGACUAUUAUAGUCAUAUACAAUGAUAAUCACCUACACACACCCAUGUAUCUAUUCCUGUGUAAUUUAUCCAUUAUCGACAUUGUCUACACAUCGACCACAGUCCCUAAGUUGGUUGACAUGUUCCUGACUGGUGACUAUACCUUGUCCUUCACUCAAUGCUUCACCCAGAUGUACUUCUUUGGUCAUGUGGCUACUACAGAGGACCUUCUACUUUCCAUUAUGGCUUAUGAUCGAUAUGUCGCCAUUUGUAACCCUCUACAUUAUCACAGUGUAUUGAGUAAGAAGAACUGUGUCCUGUUCAUGGCUCUUGCCUGGGUUUCGGGGUUUAUAAAUUCUACUGUUACAACCUUUGUCUUAUCCAAGAUACCAAUGUGUUAUUCUAAUACAAUCCCACAAUUCUUUAGCGAGUUUAAGGCCUUUGAAAAAAUCUCCUGCCCCAAUGCUGGUUUCCAGUUGAUCAGUUACCUUGAAGCUUUAAUCUUUGGUCUCGGCCCUUUUCUGUGUAGUAUAAUUUUCUACAUUAAAGUCAUCAUUGUUAUCUUAAAUUUCAAAACCAAUGACGGGAGAAGAAAGGCUUUCUCAACCUGCUCGUCCCACCUCAUUGUCCUCACUACGUAUUAUGUUACCUGGAUGUCCAUGUAUAUAAUGCCACCAUAUAAAGAUACCCGGGUCUUUGAACUCACUUUUUCUGUCCUAUAUGCAACCAUUAUUCCCAUGUUAAACCCUCUAAUAUAUAGUAUACGGAAUAAAGAUGUAAAGAGAGCUCUACUGAAACUGGUGGGGUGCCAAGUCAGAAGAUAA